AUGGAGCCAGCCCUUCCACUGAGCAGAGCAGCGACAGCGACGACACAUGCACUCGAACAGGAUGUCGGCCACCCGCAGUGUGGUUUGAUCCCAGUUCGAUUGAGUUUGAGCUGGUCAAAAGCAGCGCCGAGUUCAGGAUGCUUACAGGCUUCACAAAGGAUGAUACUAACGUGGGUGCGCAAGGAGCAGAGGGACGCUUUCACAAAAUGGGUGCGCGACUUCGCCGACAGCACCCAGAACCGGAAGAGCCGACCCUGCUACGCUGCUGCAGGAGUCAAGUUUUGUACCGAGUGCGAGAAGCACAAGGCCCUGUUCAAGGCGGAGGUUCAUUUGGAGACUGGUUGGUCGGAUGUUGUUUCCAAGACCUUCAAUUUUGUGGUCCAUGGUUUCCGAGCCAAGCAGGAAACGAAGGGGAAGACCAGGAAGACUCAAAGGGCAAAUGAUGACUCUUCUGAUACCGACGGGACUCCAUCGCAUGAGGGCGAAAUGAACGUGCGCAGGCGCGAAUUCUUGGUUCGCGACUCAGCGCUUGAGGUGAUGUGCGACGUCGUGGAGUGCGUGAAUGAUGAUGACCCGUUGAUGAUCACGAGUCUCAUCAGCCCAGGUCUCCAGUUGCUUAUCGGAACGACCGAAACAGGGCAGGAUGUGUGCCACCUGUUCGCCAAAGCGCAGGACGCAGAGAUCGAAACUUGGUUGCACGAUGCGUAUGUCUCGCGGGCAGAGGGUGGUCAGGCUUCCUCCACAAACAGCUUCUGGUGUUUCUUAGCCAUGCCGGCUCUGGAAAUAUCCGUAAGGGCGUCGCCCUUGAGGUCAACCUAA